AUGGUGCUUCCCCGUCUGCCCGCUAAGGUCAUCCUGAACGGCAAAUACCAGCUCAUCCCCGAGGAUAAAAUCGUCGGAGGUAGCGAAGUCGCUCCCAACUCUUUGCCUUUCCAGAUUUGGCUGCAACGCCGCAGCUUCGGUGGCUUCUCGCAAUCAUGCGGUGGCUCCAUUCUCAACGAAAACACCAUCCUCGACGCUGCCCAUUGCGUUGACGGAGUCACUGAUCUGACCGUUUUCCGGGUAGUUGCCGGCGAACACAGCUUGUCCGUCGUCAGUGGUUUGGAACAGAAUCGUGACGUUAGUGGAUACUUGAUGCACCCCGACUACGAUACAAGCACCUCGUCCAACGACAUCGCCCUUAUCUACUUGGCUUCACCUUUGGACUUGAGCGUUCCAUCGGCAAAGGCUGUCAACAUGCCACCACCGACCUCAGAAUUCGACCCACCCGCUGGCACCAUUACCACUGUUUCCGGAUGGGGAACUACUUAUUCCUCUGGAGGCAGCAUUUCCAACGUGCUCUUGAGCGUUGAUGUCCCCAUCGUUUCCGAUUCCGACUGCAAUGCCGCAUAUGCCGGAGUUUUUGACCCUAACCCAAUCUUCCCCUCCAUGUUGUGCGCUGGUGGUCCUCCAGGUGGUGUCGAUUCUUGCCAAGGUGACUCUGGUGGCCCACUUUUCACUGGUACUGGAGCUGAUGCUGUCCAGCACGGAGUUGUUUCAUGGGGACGCGGCUGCGCUUUGGCUGAUUACCCCGGUGUCUACACCCAGGUGUCAUACUUCCUUGACUGGAUCGCUGCCAACAAGUAGUAAAAAGACCACU